GAGAAACGAGGGCCGCUGUGCCGCGGCCUUGUGAAAUGGCGUCCUGACGAGAUGGUGCUGAAGUUAUUUGCCUCGUCACCACUAGUCUAAAGUAACUGGGCCCAGGGGGGGAAGCUAAAGUUUUCCACGCGGCGGAACCUGGGGCUCUUUAUUGAUUGGAAGUAGCUGCACCGCGGGCCACUGACUGUGAAGGGAAUCCCGCCGAGCCGAGCGCUGGAAGUUCCCGCAGUCCGCAGCUGAGGGCCGGUGAGUGGUGGCUGAGUGUCGCAAGCUUCACUGGGCAGGCUGACACUCUCCUGUUAGCACGCGGCCCACCGGCGGGAGACGAGGGCGCACUUCUGCCGCGGCACCCCAAACAUUUUAUACGAGCUAUGUUUACUCCCUCCCGUCGGCUCACCGCCUCACUCGACGGAGACCGCAGAAAAGCCUCAUGGGAAAUGGAGUCAGGACGCCGUUCCCUUCUGGCGGCGGCGGCGGCGCGGCGCUCGCUAACGUAAUACCCUACCCACAACCCACUGCGUUGUUGUUAGCGACCCCAUCUUGUGUCCUCCUCAUGAAUAUAUAUCAGUCGGUAUUUGCGUAGAAGGUCGGCCGACGUUCAUUGCAUAUUCCAGCGCCGUGUUUUGGUCCAAAUGGGACGCACAGUCACGUCUCCUCCCCGAUCCGUCCCUGCACGCCCUGCCUCUUCCCAGCGAAUUUAAUCGGUAAAAUGUUUUUUCGGAGCGGCGGAGCAGACUCCGGCAGGGAAAGGAAGGCAAGAAGUGAAUGACCACUAGUGGAAUAAGUCAGCAACACCGCCCAGUUGGCGGACAUUUAGCGCGGCGGGCACGUAUUCGGGUUUUUUAAAUGUAGAGGCUGUAGGUGUAACCAAGUGCGUACCGUUAUUUAUUGAGAGAGGGGGACUUUUCAUUGGCAGAGAUGGAAAGUGUGCAGGCUGUCGCUGAGGAUGGCGCGUCGGAUGGAGGCGCGACCAAGUUAAUGAAGAAGCCCAGCGGACUGUCGGUCGCCCGUGGGACUCCGGCGGAUGAUGGCGGUGGACAUUUGGCACCCUCCCGCGUAGAGGCAAAGAACGGGAAUAGCCUCUCUCAUUCCGUCGCUACCGCGGGGUCUAGUGCGUCAAACCGAACUGUGGCGCCUAAUGGCCGGGGCUCAUCCAGCAACUCCAGCUCUCUCCUGCUGAGACGGCGGCGCUUGAAGAGGAACCUCUCCGCCGCAGCUGCAGCCGCCGCCAACUCCGCUGUCACCGCCGCCUGCGGCGCCAAGAUGAACUCGGCCCUGUCCUCUGCGUCUUUACAUACCCGGAGUCUGGAUAGGAAGACUCUGCUGAAGCACCGACAGAACAUGCAGCUGCAGUCCGCAGACCGCGAGUGGGUGAGAGCGGAUCUCCACCGGGGCUCCAUACAUGUCCACGACAGACUGACGCCCUCGUAUCCCAGGCCGGUCCUGUGCACUAUGGACACCACGGCCGGCGAGGUGGCGCUCCGUCUGAGCAAACUCUGCAGUAAGUCGAGCUCCGUUAUGCGCAUUUUUUGUAAAGAUAGCCCCAAGACUGACCAAAAUGGCAACUGCAAUGUGAAGUAUGAAUAUAACGAUAACCCAUGCAAGGUGACAGAAGACUCCAGUAUAAAAUGCAAACACCUGACUCCCCUGGAAUCCACAGAAUUAAGGGGCCAUCCAAGCGACAGGUUGAGACUGCUGCUCAUGGAGAAUGCAGAUGAGAGGCAAAAGCAACAGGACGUUGAUGGAAAACUUUUCACCCCUGAAUCAGAGUCACAAGAUAACAUAACCUGUUCACUGUCAGACUUAAAUUCGAACUCGAACAUGGAUACCCCGAAUGACGAUGACUCAGAGCACAGGAAUGGUGUGGACAGCUAUGGAUUAAAUUCUGGCUCAGAUGUGGAGAGCAGUGCAUUUGAUGACCUGAGCUCCGGGGCCCGGCUCAGCGAGCACAGGGACUCCCUCAGCGAUGACAUGAUCCUUGGCACAGAGGCCUCCAUCCUCAGCCCCACGUUUGAUAGUGCCACAGAGGGCCACGACAUGUACGGCAGCUCCUCGGACGAACUGGAGCUCGACUGUCCUACGUCAAGCACGAGCUUGGACCCCAUCUUCCAACAUCACACCAAUGGCAUCACUGCUGUCACUGCGAACUACAAGCAGUGCAGCGUGGGACAUUUAAACGACAUGACAAACAAUAUGGGGCCAGAUUCCAGACUCAACCCACACAGUCUGGGCAGCCUGCCAUCCAGCAGUAGUGCCGGCUCAUUGUCAAGAGCCUGUUCUACAGGUAAUACACCUGACAUUCAAGAUCCGGACUGUGGCCAAGGUGAUGCAGAAUCAGGGUUGGCGGAAGACCACGGUAGAGAUUCCUGUGAUUUCAGCCUCACACUGUAUGUGCAGCUGCAUGGUGAAGCUGUCAGGAGGCUUAGCCCAGAUGAGAGGCCUCUGCAGAUCCAGAAUGACUUUCUCUUUAAGCUUGGAUUUAAGGACCCGUGGAGAGUUCAAGAGGAAGGGCUUAACACAGAAAUUGGCUCCCUGUUACGUUUCUAUGCAGGGAAACCCCAAAGCAUCGAGAGCUCAGAGCGGGUCCAGCUGUCAGGGACAUACAACGUUCGGAAAGGGAAGCUUCAGCUACCGGUCAACCGCUGGACCAGACGGCAGGUCAUCCUGUGCGGCACCUGCCUCAUCGUCUCCUCUGUUAAGGAGAGCCAAACAGGGAAGAUGCACAUCCUGCCGCUCAUUGGUGGAAAAGUGGAGGAGGUGAAGAAGCACAGUCACUGUUUGGCCUUCAGCUCGGCAGGGCCUCAGAGUCAAACCUACUAUGUCAGCUUUGAAAGCUUCACGGAGCACCUGCGCUGGCACAGACAUGCUGCCAAGAUGGUGUCCCAGAGAAUCAACUCGGUAGACCUGUCGUGCUGCAGCCUUGAGCAGCUUCCUCCCAACCUCUUCUACAGCCACGACCUCACCCAUCUCAACCUCAAACACAACUUCCUGCCUGCAGACCAGCGGCUGCAGCAGCUGCAGAGGUUUUCCCGUCUUCGGAGCCUCAACCUGUCCAACAACCACCUUGGUCAGUUUCCACCGGCCAUCUGUGACAUCCCAACCCUGACGGAGGUCAACCUCAGCUGUAACUACCUGGCCUCUGUCCCCAACUCUGUGGGAGCUAUGACCAAUUUACAGACGUUCCUCUUGGAUGGCAACAGUCUAGAUGAGCUUCCCAAUGAGCUGGGUUCCCUCCAGAGGCUGAGCUACUUAGGCCUUUCCUUCAAUCAGUUCAACCACGUGCCGCAGGUGCUGGAGCGUUUGGCCUCCAUGGAGAAGCUGUGCAUGGCUGGCAACAACCUAGAAACACUCACCCUGCAGAAUUUCAGACUGCUCCGAGUCAAACACAUCGAUUUAAGGUUGAAUAAAAUCUCCAGCAUGGUGCCAGAUGAGCCUGACCUGCUGAGGCACGUGACCCAGCUGGAUGUGAGGGAUAACAGGCUGACGGACCUCGAUGCCUCAGUCUUCCCCAGACUGGAGGUGCUUCACUGCGAGAGGAACCACAUCGCCGGCCUCAAGGCCAAGGGUUGCUUUCUCAAAGGCAUCUACGCCUCCAACAACGAGCUACGACAACUGGAUGUCAGUCCUGUGCCCUCCAAUCUUAGUUACAUGGAUAUCUCGAGGAACCAUAUGGAGUCCUUGCCAGACUGGCUGUGUGAAGCAAAGAAACUGGAAGUUCUGGAUGUGAGCCACAAUCUCAUCACUGAGCUCCCAGCGUGGUUGUUAUGCAGCAACAGUCUGAGGAAGCUGAGUGCAGGACAUAACCAGUUGCAGAAGCUGCCUGAAAGAGUGGAGCGCCCUCUGCUGGAGGUUUUGGACGUACAGCACAAUCAACUGGUGGAGCUGCCCUGCAGCCUGUUCCUAAAAUCUGACAGCUUACGAUGCAUAAAUGCAUCAGCCAAUAAACUGGAGCACCUGCCACCCUCCAGCCUAUCAGAGGAGAGUCAUAGCAUCCUGCAAGAACUCUACCUCACCAAUAACCGGCUGACAGACAAGUGUGUACCCAUGCUGACAGGCCAUUCACACCUUCGAGUUCUGCACAUGGCCUACAACCAUCUCCAGACCUUCCCAGCCAGUAAAAUGGCCAAGCUUGAGGAGCUGGAGGAGGUGGACCUGAGCGGAAACAUGCUGAAGACUGUGCCCACCACCAUCAUGAACUGCCGGCGAAUGCACACACUCAUUGCCCAUUCCAACGCCAUCGAGGUCUUUCCUGAGGUCAUGCAGCUGAUGGAGAUGAAAUGUGUGGAUCUGAGCUGUAAUGAGCUGAGCGAGAUCACUCUUCCAGAGAAUCUGCCUCCCAAGCUUCAGGAACUGGACCUGACUGGAAACCCUCGUCUCAAUCUGGACCACAAGACCCUCGAACAGCUCAAUAAUAUUCGCUGCUUCCGUAUUGAUCCCCCUCCAACCUUUUCGUCGAACGAGGCAUCUGGUGGGCCUGCUGUGUGGAGUCAUGGUUACACAGAGGCCUCGGGCGUCAAGAACAAACUGUGCGUUGCAGCCCUUUCAGUGAACAGUUUCUGUGGGAGUCGUGAAGCUUUGUACGGCGUGUUUGAUGGGGACAGGAAUGUGGAAGUGCCCUACCUUUUGCAGUGCACCAUGAACGAUGUGUUGGCUGAAGAAAUACACAAGACCAAGAGCGAAGAGGACUACAUGACCAACACCUUCCUCGUCAUGCAAAGGAAACUUGGGACUGCGGGUCAGAAACUGGGUGGGUCGGCAGCUCUGUGUCACAUUCGCCAUGACCCCACUGACCCCGGUGGCUGCUUCACCCUCACGGCUGCUAACGUGGGCAAGUGCCAGGCCAUCUUGUGCCGCGAUGGAAAGCCGUUGUCGCUGUCCCUGCUUCACAAUGUAGGGCUGGAGGAGGAAUACCGCAGGAUCCGGCAGCACAGGGCUAUCAUCACUGAGGACAACAAGGUGAAUGGCGUGACCGAUUCCACACGAAUCAUGGGCUACUCCUUCCUUUACCCAUCCGUCAUCCCUUGUCCCUAUGUGCAGACAGUCACUCUCACCCCCCAGGAUGAGUUCUUCAUUCUGGGCAGCCGGGGCCUGUGGGAUGUUGUUUGUCCCACCGAGGCUGUGGAGGCUGUUCGAAACGUCCCAGACGGCCUGGCUGCUGCUAAGAAGCUGUGCACACUGGCGCAGGGAUACGGUUGCACCGACAGCCUCAGCGCUGUUGUGGUUCAGCUCAGUGUGAGUGAAGACUGCUGCUCCUGCUGCUGUUCUGAGACUGCCCAGCCACCUCCUAGCCCCGGCUUGGGCCCCUAUCCCCCAUCGUCCUCUGCCAUUAAGGAACGGCCCUCAGACGGCUCCCUCCCUGUGCCCCCUUCGUCCUGCAGUGAAAUCAGCAGUGAGAUCAGUACCAGCGAGAUGAGCAGCGAGGUGGGCUCCACAGCCUCAUCUGAUGAACCACCGCAGAGCUCCUUGGUGCUGCUGCACGAUCAGCCCCACCAUCCUCACCUCCACCUGCACCAUCAGGCCCACUCGCUGUCUUUACAGCACCAGCAGGCCCACACAACCACCCAGCCCUGUCAGUACCUGUUCCCAGGCUCAGAGCUACCCUCUGCUCGCAGCUGCUGUGCCCUCCAUCCUGCCUGCUUAGCCAGUUCCUUCCAGAGGCAGCUGUCUAGUGCCACUUUCUCCAGCGCCCUGUCUGACAAUGGGCUGGACAGUGAGGAUGAGGAGCCCAUUGCUGGUGUUUUCUCUAAUGGGAGCCGUGUGGAAGUAGAGGCGGAUGUCCACUGCCUCAAAGCAGAGUCCUCCUCCUCUUUGUCAUCUCACACAUCAAUACCCUCAUCCGCCAGCCAGGAGCGCACCCUGCCGACUCUUCCCCCACCUCCUCCACCGCCAUGCACCCCAGAGCCCCUGGAGGAAGGGGUCGACCUGAGCAUUGGUGAGGCUGAGAACGGCCUGGAGAGGGACGAGUCGUGGCAGGGAGUCGGAGCAGGAGGUGGGGAAGGAGGAAAGUUAGGUGGAAAGAGGAGGGUUAAUGGGUCAGUUGCACGCCAGGAAAAGAGUCACAACCUUAUUGAGGUGGCUGCUGACGCUCCCUCUAAGAAAUCCGGGGGCUACUUCACAGCUCCAGCCCAGCCUGACCCAGAUGACCAGUUCAUCAUCCCCCCUGAGCUGGAGGAGGAGGUGAAGGAAAUCAUGAAGCAGCAUCAGCAGAAACAGCAGAAGCCCCCUGGGACUGAUCAGCCCACAGAUUACUACGACACCCCUCUCUGAACAGCAACACCCCCACCUACAGCCUCAUCUCCCCCUCCCAGCGGCAGCAUGCACAGAACCCUACAUCGACCUAACCAUUCUGAUUCUUUCACUCUGAGCCUUCCAGCUCUACACAGCCUCAUCCUUGGGGAACCAUGCACUGUUAACUGCUCCACCUGUUUUUACCCAAGCAACUCAUAGAGUAAAACAAGCAAACGAGCCCUUUAAAGACACUCAACCCUCUUGAAAAGCCUGUGGACACAGCUCUUGGUGUCCACGGUCGUGCCCUUUUCACAGACUGUGGAACGUUGUUUUUACAUUAGACAACCAGCUGAGUAUGUAAUCAACACUAGUCUCUUUGCAAUAGCAUUAGCUCACCACUUGUUAUUAUCGAUAACAAUUCCAUGGUUUGUUUGUUUGUUUGUUUUGUAAGAACUUACCAUAUCUUUUAAUGUGAAAGCAGAGAAGUUGCUGAAAGAACUUUUUAAAAACAGAGACACAUAAUCUUUUUAUUAUCAGUGAAAUAUGUCAAAUGGUACACUAGAAAGGCCACAAUUAACACUUGUAGAUAGGGCACUUAAAAUACUCUAUUUCUUCAGUAAAUCAUGGCUCUUGGCCUGUAAAAUGGCAUAGAAAUUUUUUGUAGAAAUUUUAAAUACUAACUCCUAGGAGUUGCAUACUCUUUAUGGUGACUCAGUCACUUUUACUAAUCUUCUCUGAGAGAAAUGGUGAUUUUUUUUCUUUUUUUUUUUUCCAAUGAUUGUAAAUAAGUGAAAUGUUGUAUGCUGAUGCUUUUAAAGGAACUGCGUACCUAGAUGUCGGUGAAGGUUUUAAUGGUGGUGGAGGAUGUGUGGUUCACCAAGAGUCUGCUGUUAUGGAGGUGCCCCCCCCCCCCUUUUUAUAACGUAGACCCACAAAUACUGCACAGACACAUACACACCCCCAUACAAAGGUUUCUGUACAAUUGCAGGUCUGAAACUCCAACAUUCCAUGCAAUACAACAUCGCUGUAUCUAAUGAACACUAAUAGAAAGAUAUUUGCAUGCACACUUGCAUGCACCCACAUACAAACACACACACAAACACACACACACACAAACACACACAAACACAAACACACACACACACACACAAACACACACACACACACACACACAUACAUAGACGGACACCCACAGGUAAUAUUAGUCCCACCUCACCUCCCUCCUACAGUAACUGUUAUCACCGGCAUGACUGGUUCAAGUUCAGUAAUACAAACAAAAUAUAUCCACAUGGAAAAGAGACAACACAAAUG